AAACGUCCUUUAUUGAAUGUAUUUAUUUAAAGAGAUAGACAAGGCAAGUCCCGCCCUUUCCGGUGAUGACGCAUGUAUGCGGAAGUGCCGCCCCAACCGUCAUGGCGGCACUGACAGUCACUGUUUUCAAACAUGACCGUUAGAUAUGAACGUUAGACGGCUGAGCGGUUUUGAUUCCGCAUGAUUGUUUCUGUUCAGAUUCAAAAUGUAAGUUUCUGAAUUACGGUUGGUUAUCUGGUCUAUCUAGAAAAGGCGGACACAUAAUGGGAUACAUAGCUACGAUAUCGUACAGGUUUAUCAACUAACUUUAGAACAGAGUGGCGAUCGUUAUAAAUUGGACCAUAUUGCCAAAAAACAAACGACUACUCUCCCAUCAAGUGUCCAUUCUUCAGGAUGGAGAGUGGGGCUGCAUCCACUAAAUCAGAGGGCUUCCUCUCCAGAAUGGCCCUUAAUGACAACAAGGCUGGUAUGGAGGGUCUUGACAGGGACAAGAUCAACAAGAUCAUCAUGGAGUCAUCCAAGGGAUCCAGGUUUUAUGAGAAUGAGUUGAAGAGAGAGCAGCAGGUGAACCAGCGCAUUGAGAAAAUGAUGCUACAGAAGGCACAGAUCACAGAACAACAGUUAAAGAAAGCACAAGCUCAGGUGGAGAGGAUGGCCUCCGAGCUAGAGAAGAGUCGUGAUCUAAGCCGUGUGAUAGUACAUGUGGACAUGGAUGCUUUCUACGCUGCUGUGGAGAUGAGAGACUGUCCUGAGCUGAAGGACAAGCCCAUGGCUGUAGGAUCCAUGAGCAUGUUGUCAACAUCUAACUACCAUGCCAGGAAGUACGGGGUCCGAGCCGCCAUGCCUGGCUUCAUUGCAAAGAAACUCUGCCCCAACUUAGUUAUUGUUCCACCCAACUUUGAUAAAUACAGAGCUGUGAGUAAUGAGAUCCGGGAGAUUUUUUCAGACUAUGACCCUCACUUCCAGCCAGUGAGCCUGGAUGAAGCCUAUCUGGAUUUUACAGACCACCUGGAACAGAGGCAGAGCUGGCCAGAUUCCUCCCGUACACAUCGCUUCCGCGUCAGCAGCACCGUUACAGGUGAAGAGCAGAUUGAGCUUCCUAAGGAGACAGUGCCAGAGAUGAAAGACCUCUCUCCGGUCCUGUUUGAGGACAGCCUGAGCACCUCUCCCUGCUUGCCGGGCUCUGAAGCUGUUGGUGCUGCUGGUGGUGCGUUUGAGGUGUUUGGGAAGUCUGUUGAGGAGGCUGUGAGAGAGAUGCGCUGUCGCAUUGAACAGAAAACCAUGCUGACUGCCAGUGCAGGAAUUGCUUCAAACACGAUGCUUGCCAAGGUGUGCAGUGACAAGAACAAGCCCAACGGUCAGUACAGACUCCCCUCCAGCAGAGAGGCAGUUAUGGACUUCGUCCAGAAUCUCCCAGUUCGCAAAGUUUCUGGCAUAGGGAAGGUGUGUGAGAAGAUGCUCAACGCUCUGGGCAUCAGUAGCUGUUCUCAUCUUGGCCAGCAGAUGGCAUUGCUGUCGUUGUUGUUCUCGGAGACAGCCUGGCAUCAUUUCAUGCAGAUUUCUCUGGGUCUGGGCUCUACAUAUAUACCAAGGCAUGAAGAAAGAAAAAGCAUGAGCACAGAAAGGACAUUUAAAGAACUGAGUAAAGCUGAGGAGCAGUUGUCUUUAUGCAGGGAGCUGUGUGAAGACUUAGCAGAAGACAUGAAGAAAGAAGGUCUGAAGGGUAAAACAGUAACACUGAAGCUUAAGAACGUGAACUUUGAGGUGAAAACCAGGGCGCUGACGCUGCCGUAUGCUGUUGCUACAGUGGAUGAGAUCUUUGCUGUUGCUAAGGACCUACUGAAAACGGAAAGAGACAAUGAAAGCCCCCAGCCACUCAGACUGAGGCUCCUGGGUAUAAGAAUCUCUGCUUUUGUCAGUUCGGAUGAUAAAAAGCCCCUGCAGAAGAGCAUCAUUGGCUUUCUUCAGCCAGGCAAGACGGAUUCUAGUGGCUCUUCCCAAGGAAUGCAUGAAAAGCUUGAGAAAGAGCAUCUCUCGAAUCACUCCUUUCAAUCCUGGCCACUUGCUUGUCUUCCCCUGGCCCAGAGACAAGAAGAAGGUCCCUGGCUAAGUAAGCAGAGGAGGUUAGAGGGGAGCCAGACUGGUGAGUCUUUCUUCCAAAGGGCUUAUGCCAAAAGACUGCAACUCCAGGCAGCGAAUGCAAGCACACCAGAGGAAGGACAUGGGGAGAAUGCUUCUGUGAUUACUUCCGCAGGCACUCAAAAUGGUGUAGAAUCAUCAACAAAAGCACACAAGAGUAACUGUACAGCCUCAGAUCUCUCAGAAAAUUACUUUGUUUCCCCCGUAGAGGCCCAUACGUCCACAUCAGGCGGUGGUGGCACAGUGCCAGAGAGCCUCACCUGUCCGGUGUGUUUCAGGCAGGUGGAGACGACUGAUUUGAAGGUCUUCAACAGACAUAUAGAUCAGUGUCUCAGUGAUGCCUCUAGAAAGCCAAACCAAUGCAAAAUUUCUGACACAGAGUUAGAUUUGGGCCUAGAGAUUGACCAUAAAGAAUGUGAAGUGGUGAACAGAUGGAGGGGGGAGUGUGGGGUUGAAGAGGAGAAGGCAAAGAACAGUGAAGAGUUGGAGUCGAACAGAGUUGAUCCUCAGGGAGACCAAUGCAGCUUGAAAAACGAUUCUAUUCCAACGGCUUUGUUGAUCAAUGAUGUUGACAAAACCGUGACCUCGCAACAGCCUCAGUCAUGUAACGAUAAAGGCCCCGUCCUCAUCUGCCCAGUAUGUCAGCUGACCCAGGACAGUGAUGACCUCAUUAUCUUCAACCACCAUGUAGACCUCUGCCUGAACCAGGCGGUCCUACAUGAGCUAGGGGGACAGACAUCACCUCCCAUUAAUCCAUGGGCCAUAGACAGAGGCCGUCUCCUGCCAGUGCAAGCAAGUAAAGGCAAAACCAAAAGACGGGACUCACCUUCCUCUCCUCCUUCUAAAAAGGCUAAAGGCCUUGGUCCUCACAACACCAUCGACAAGUUUUUCAGGUGACAGUCAUGCACGCAGAACAUCCUUCCUCAUCUGGAGGAACUGAGAGUUUUCUACAGGAAAUGAAGAACAUCAUCAGGUUUUAGUCAUGCUAUGGACUCAAUGGCUCCAACUGUCUUCACAAUCAUUGCAAUCAAAGCCAUACUCGACUGUUUUUCUUCAAAAAUCUGUAAUCAAGAUAGUGGACAUAAGAAGCUACAUAUGUGCACUAAUGCGUCUUAUUUGUUUUUUAUAAGCCAUGCACUAAACAAGACAUUAAUGACGACAGGGACAUUUUCUGUUGGUUUUAAUUCUGGCAAAUUAAUGUAAAUCUUUAUGACCCUGUUGUUUUUCAUUGCUCGUUUCUGUUACUGAAGAUGUUUUUAUUUUAGUGUAUGCUAAAUGGAUCAUGAGGUUAUUUAUUAAAUGCUCAGGUGCCAGUGUUUUUUUUAAUUUAUCUUCAUUAUUUUAUUCAGAUAUUUUCAGUAAUUUCCAGUUGUAUUUUUUGUAAACACUGUAUAUGUUUAAUAAUGAAGAUAAGAGAAUCCUUCUAUUGUGUAAAUCGAAUUUGAAAUAAAUUACUAUUCCACUGAAA